AUGAUGUUUCUUUGAGGUUUGUGGUGUGUGUGGAGUUUGCAGCAGAAGUGGGUGGUGUUUAUCCUCAUGGAUCAGUGGAGGCUCUGAGAAAAGGGCUUUAGUUUUCCACCUGCUGACUCCAUCACACUUCCCCCACCUCUUCUUCUACUACACAUCUUUCACUCACUCUAUCAGUCCUUAUCUCUAUUCUUCAGGAAGAAUGAUGGGUUCAACAGAAAACUCUGUAAAGGUUCUGCUGCUUGGUGCAGGUGAAGCAGGAAAGAGCACCAUCAUGAAGCAGAUGAAGAUCCUGUAUCAUGGUGGAUUUACUAAAGAGGAGCUACUGGAGUAUAAAUCUGUGAUUUAUGGAAACAUGUUGCAGUCAGCGCUUGCCAUCGUUGCUGGAAUGGAGAAGGUCCAGAUUAAAUAUGACACAGAGACAGCAAACGAAGAUGGAAUGAAGCUACAGAAGCUAGCAGACGUGGUGGCGGAGGGGACGAUGCCAGAUGAACUGAUUAGGAUCCUGAAGAGUUUAUGGGGAGAUGGAGGAGUUCAGAAUGCCAUUGAGAGAUCAGCCGAGUAUCAGCUGAAUGAUUCUGCUGCUUACUUCUUAGGUGAUCUGGACCGGAUCUGUGCUGCUGAUUAUGUGCCUGAUGAUCUGGAUGUUCUCCAUGCUCGUAUUAAAACCAGUGAGAUAGUUGAGGAACAGUUCACCUUUAAAGAGCUCAGCUUCAGGAUGUUUGAUGCAGGUGGUCAGCGUCCUGAGAGGAAGAACUGGAUUAAAUGUUUUGAAGAUGUGACCUGCAUCAUUUUUUGUGCUGCACUGAGUGCUUAUGAUCUUGCACUGGUGGAGGAUGAGGAGGUGAACCGCAUGCAUGAGAGCCUCUACCUGUUUAACAGCAUCUGUAACCAUAAAUUCUUCAGCAGCUCCUCCAUUGUCCUGUUCCUCAACAAAACCGAUAUAUUUCUUGACAAAAUCACCAAGGUUCCACUGACAGCCUGCUUUCCGGGCUACAAAGGUUUGAACACAUUUGAAGAUGCAAGUAACUUCAUCAGGCAGCAAUAUGAGGAUCUGAACACCAAGAAAGGGUCAAAGCCGAUCUACACACACCUGACCUGCGCUGUGGACACGGCCAGCAUCAACAGCAGCUUCAACAAUGUCACUGACAUGAUCAUCAAAAACCUGAAGGAGUGUGGACAGCUCUGAUCUCUCUCUUUCACACACACACACACACACACACACACACACACACACCUCCUGUCAGGCUAGGAUGACUUCCUUUGGCAGACUCUGCUUCAAUCUUCAGUCUAAUUCAGUCCUGUGGCUAAAUAAUUAUUUAUUGAUAUAUUUUAAGCAAAUAUUAUAUCAUGAAAGAAUAAACUAGAUAAUUAUAGAAAUAAACCAAGAAUGAUAUACUUAAACAUCCAUUAGACAAGGAUCAGAGCACAAUUUACCCAGAAGGCAUUGCUGCACUCACUAUUGUGCUAAAUAUUUUAAAUGGUACUGAUCUGAUAUGACGCUGUAGUGUAUCAUGGAAAAUACAAGAACCACAAACAGCUUAAAUGGCCUGUGUUCAAUAAAUGUAGAAUUCUGAGUCUGUGUGU